UCCAAAUAUUUCGAGACAUCGUCAUUUUUCGCCUUCGCUCUUCUUCCCCCACUUUCUCCCCUUUCCCCACGACCGCGCCGCCGCUGCCGCACCACUCCAGCCGGCGACCGGCACCGCAGCUCGCCCCUGCGUACUAGAGGGCGUAUCGAUUAACUGGCAGCAAGAAUCUGCUCUUUUCCUGAUCGAUUCCCCCCAUAUUUGGCUGGCUGGUCACCAUCUCCAUCUCAAAACCUAGCCACACGGCCAUGGGUUCCAGUCCCGCUGCGCGCUCCAAUCCCAGCAGGAACGGAAGGCGGGGGGAUGCCAUGGACGGCGCUAAUCGACCAAGCAGAUCUGCAAAGAAGCCCCCUUUUCUUCUCCCGAAGGGCUGGAGCGGGACGGCGGUGUACAGAUGCUCCCCUCACCUCAUUCCGUCGAUAACGGAGCUCCUCAGCGAGAGGCAGAAAGGCUUCGUCAGAAAAAUCGGGUUCGGGAGCCUGCUGUCCAUGGCGGACUUCGAGAUCAACAAGGCCCUUACCAUGUGGUUGGUUGAUAGGUUCAGUUGCGACACCGAGGCGCUCGAGUUUGGAGGCGGCGUGUCGAUUCCGGUGAGGCCGCUCGUCAAGUGCGUCCUUGGGAUCCCUUCGGGCCCCAUCCAAGUCGUACCGGGUCAGAAUGUCGACCAUGCUCUCUACAGCCAGUACUCUUGUGAUGCUAAAGUGAAGAAGGCAAAGGAAGUGGCUGAAGAAAUGUGUAGCAUAACCGAGGAGGAACCCUUCUGUACAGCCUUCAUGAUGGUGAUACUCGCGAUUUAUCUAGCGCCAAAUACAACCAUGCUUGUCAACAGGUCCUUGCUUGGAGCUGCUCAACAGGUUGGCAGCCUCAAACAGAUGGAUUGGUGUGGUUUCGUCGCUGACUAUCUCUUCAAAGGAAUCAGGGAAUUCAAGGAAUCGGAUGCACCCUUUGUUCAUCUAAAGGGCUGUGUGCACAUCCUGAGCGUCAUUUUCAUUGAUCAUGUGAAACACGCUGCAUUCCCAGUACCAAACGGCUUUCCACGCUUGGGGGUUGUCACUACAGAGCAUAACAAAUGGGUAGCUUCACAUCCCUUUGGUAGCUUGCUGGUACGUCAUCUAGAAGAGUCUGUCUAUGCUCCUGUGCUUAAUAAUGAAAAUGGUAACAUUGCUCAAGGCGGAAAAUGUGCUGAUUCUGAUACAAAUACUGAUGCUCUAGCCAAUCUGCCUGCUACCGACAACGAUCAAAAUAACCAGCAUCCGGUUUCAGCAGGUCCUGGCAGCUUGUCCAUUGCUGUAGCGUCAGAGACAUCAGCUCAAUCUGCAGGUACGAACCAUCUUCACGGGGGCAUGAGUUCCAAUCCUGCUGCGCAUGCUAAUCCAAGCAGUAACGGAAAGCGGGGGAGUGCCAUGGAUGGUGGUAGUCCACCAAGUAGAUCUGCCAAGAAGCCCCGGAAGAGCAAGAGCGCGGCGUACAGAUGUUCCCCUCGCCUCAUUCCGCCGAUUAUGGAGCUUCUCAGUGAGGAGCAGAAGGGCUUCGUCAGAAAAAUCGGGUUUGGGAGCCUGCUAUCCAUGGCGGAUUUCGAGAUGAACAAGCCCCUUACCCUCUGGUUGGUUCAUAAGUUCAGUUGUGACACCAAAGCGCUUGAGUUUGGAGGCGGUGUAUCGAUUCCGGUGAGGCCACUCGUCAAGUCUGUCCUUGGGAUCCCUUCGGGCCCCAUUCAAGUCGUGCAGGGUCUCCCUAUUAAAGGGAAGAAUGCUCUCUACAGUGAGUACUGCUCUGUUAAAGGGAAGAACGCAAGGAAAUUGGCCGAGGAAAUGUGCAGCAUAACCGAGGAGGAACCCUUCUGUAUAGCCUUCAUGAUGGUGAUACUCGCGAUUUAUCUAGCACCAAACACAACCGUGCUUGUCAACAAGUCCUUUCUUGGAGCUGCUCAACAGGUCGGUAGCCUCAAACAGAUGGAUUGGUGCGGUUUUGUUGCUGACUAUCUCUUCAAAGGAAUCAGGGAGUUCAAGAAUUCGGAUGCACCCUUUGUUUGUCUAAAGGGCUGUGUGCACAUUCUGAGCGUCAUUUUCAUUGAUCUUGUGAAACACGCUGCAUUCGAAGUACCAAACGGCUUUCCACGCUUGGGCAUUGUCACUACAAAGCAUAACAAAUGGGUAGCUUCACACCCCCCUGGUAGCUUGCUGGUACGUCGUCUAGAAGAGUCUGUCUAUGCUCCUGUGCUUACUAACGGAAAUGGUAACAUUGUUGAAGGCGGAGAAUGUGCUGAUUCUGAUACAAAUACUGAUGCUCUGUCCAAUCAGUCUGCUACCGACAAUGAUCAAAAUAGCCAGCAUCCGGUUUCAGCAUGUCCUGGCAGCUUGCCCAUUGUUACAGGGUUAGAGACAUCAGCUCGAUCUGCAGAACACAUUAUUUCUCCAAGAAGCGGCGAGCAAUUGCAGUCUGCUGGGCCUUCUUCUGAACCGUGUUCUGCACAACUUCCUAACGGGCUGGAGGUUCUUGCGGCUGCCGCCGAGAGCAGGAACAGGGGUUCACCCUCGACGAUGGAGAAGCAUGAUCGGAGCGCCAAGAAAGCAAGGGUGGAGCUGCCCGAGAGUGGGCAAGUGGUGCGAGCUGGAGAAGCCACCAUAAGGAUGGACAUGAGUUUGUUUAGUUGCCGCGUCUGCUCCCACCCUGUCAAGCCCCCUGUCUUCCAGUGCAAUGUCGGGCAUUUAGCUUGCGGCAGAUGCCUUGCCGAGCUCCCCGACGAACAGUGCCAGAUGUGUGAGCACGGCGGUGGCUUUAGCCGCUGUCCAGUGAUGGACGACGUCGUCCUGUCGAGCACGAUGAAGUGCUCCUACGACGGCUGCCAGAUUUAUGUCCCCUACCACGAGCUCAGCGACCACCAGAGGGCGUGCCCACACGGGCCCUGCUUCUGCACGGAGACUGGCUGCGGCUUCGUCGGCGUGCCGGCGGCGCUCCUCGGCCACCUUGCGGCCCUGCACUCAGUGCCAGUGCACAAGGUCCACUACGGCAGUGUUCAUCAGCUCCGGGUGUCGGAACCACGGGUCCUGUUCCACGCGGAAGAGGACGACAGCGCGUUUCUCCUGGCCAUGGACGUGCUCGGCAUGGCGACCGUCGUGUCUGUGGUGUGCAUCAGAGCGGGAGCGGGAGGGUCCCCAGAGCCGCGAUACGCGGUCAAGCUCUGGGUGAACGGUCCGCCGCCACCGAGCGGCGCGGCGGGCAGCAUUACGUUGGACAUGACGGCGGCGACGAGCAGCUACAGGCCCGGCGAGGUGGCGGUGGAGGAGCUGCCGGCUUUCCUGAUGGUGCCGCCUGCAUACCUUGUUGACUGUGGGGCGUACAAGGAGGUGUCUCUCCACGUUCGCAUUGACAGGAUGUGAUGCAAGUGUUCUGCAUAAUUUCUUCAUUCAUGGAUGUAAUCGCUGCUUAGCUUAGAUGCCUCUCCUGAUGGAAGUAGAGUAGGUGACAGACACCAAGCUAGGAGGUGUUUGGUAGCGGUAAUUUUAACCUAAUCAAAUGACGGCGUUCAAGGA